ACAAAACCAUGAUUUGUUCUAUACUAGUUCACUAACAUCUAAUCUAACAUGUAACCAAGUAUACACGUCACCAGAUAUAAAGAUGUCGUGUUUGAUUUUUUUGGUUAUAUUUGGAUUAUUCGCAACAAUACUUGGCAGUCCAGUCAGACAAUCGCCAUGUCAUGGAUGCCGUUUGCAGAUCAAUCCACUGUCGGGAAGUGUACAGUGUGACUGUCCUGAACGCAGAAUUAAUAAAAGGUCAGACGGUAUAAAAACUCAUGGCCACCAAACCAACACCACUCAUGGCCAUCAUACCCACGUCACUCAUAGCCACCAUACCCACACCACGCAUGUCCACCACCACAACCACACUCAUAAACCGGCUCAUCACGGCGCUACGUAUACACCGCUUACAACAUUAAAUAUGAAACUGGUUAGCCUAAUAAAUAUUGAGCCGCUUACCACACUUAAACAACUUAUACAAUCGACAAAACAUCCUUGUCCUGCUGCAUGCAUAGUGAUGCAACAUCCAGAUGGUUGGAAUUACUGUAGAUGCCCUACUACAGCCCCAACGCCUAUCACUGCUGCAGACCUAUCAACAACAAUAAAAGUAACUAAAACGACCGCAGAUUUAUCAACGUCUGAUUAUGCAAGCGCUGUAUCAAUAAAGGAUCAAACUUCUGCCUCUAAUAAUGUUGAUACAUCGACAGAAAGUGUCUCAACAGAUUUUUCAACGACAUAUGCGCCGACAACCGCGUUAUUGACAAGAAAGCCUGCAAUAACAACCUCAAUUCUCAAACUCAUAACGACGCCGUUACUUACAACUUCAACGACACGCGCACCAACAAUCAAACCGACCCAAGACAUUUGUGCUAUUUUAUGUGCUAGCCAGCAAGGUGGAGAUGCUUGUCACUGCAGUAAACCAGGACUUCCGGGAUAAAUAUUCCGUAUUUAAAACAACUUUUAUUUCUUUUAAACAAUAUAUAGUUUAGUUCAUAAAUGAAAUGCUGAAAAGUUUACAUUCGAAGUUUAUAACUAAAGAUUAUCUAUGCCAAUUUUGAACGCAUUUUAUUGCAUUGUUUCUUUAGGGCAAAUGGCAAAAUGGUGCAAUAAAUAAAAGUUAAUGUAAAUAUUUGUAUUUAUUUUGUUGAAUAAAUUUUGUACAUUUGUAGUUUA